AUGUAUAAGGAUAAACUUUUCUUGAAGCAACAGUUCAAGAGCGAAAGGGAAACUUUUAAAGUAGAAUAUCUGCAAAAGAUCGAAAAGGAAGUGCAAGAGAAAUGGGAAAAAGAGAAGAUCUACGAAAUUGAUGCUCCUUCCGCUAAAAACGAAUCAGCGGCAGAUUGUGAAAAGUUUUUUACUACUUUCCCAUUCCCGUAUAUGAAUGGCAGACUUCAUCUUGGUCAUACAUUUACACUCUCCAAGUGUGAGUUUGCAGUGCGUUACCAUCGUUUGAAGGGCAAAAAAUGUCAAUUUCCAUUUGGAUUUCACUGCACUGGAAUGCCCAUCAAAGCAUGCGCUGAUAAACUGAAGAGAGAGAUGGAGCUGUAUGGUUGUCCUCCUAAGUUUCCCAUUGAUGAAGAGCCUGCAGUUGUGGAGACGCCAAAAGAUGAGGAACUGAUGAAGGAUAAGGCGAAAGGAAAGAAGAGUAAAGCAAUGGCUAAAACAGGUGGAGCGAAGUACCAAUGGCAGAUAAUGAGAUCAAUGGGCUUGAAAGAUGAUGAAAUCAAAAACUUCGCCGACGAACUCUAUUGGCUAGAUUACUUUCCACCGUUAGCUGUCAAUGAUCUUCGCAGGAUUGGAUUGCAUGUGGAUUGGAGAAGAACGUUCAUCACAACCGACUCGAACCCGUUUUUCGACAGUUUUGUGCGCUGGCAAUUUCUGAAGUUACAAAAGGCGAACAAGGUGAUUUUCGGCAAGCGGUACACUGUGUUUUCGCCGAAGGAUGGUCAGCCGUGUAUGGACCACGACAGGUCGAGCGGGGAAGGGGUGGGACCCCAGGAGUACACCCUCAUCAAGAUGAAAGUGGUUGCGCCCUACCCGAACAAGUUGAGCAUGUUUAAAGAUAAGCCAUUGUUCUUGGUGGCGGCCACCCUGAGGCCAGAGACCAUGUACGGACAGACCAACUGCUGGCUGAGGCCGGAUAUGAGGUACAUCGCAUUCGAAACCAAAUCCGGGGAGGUGUUUGUGUGCACGCAUCGCGCUGCCAGGAAUAUGGCCUUCCAGGGAUUCACGGCUAAAGAUGGCGAGUUCCAACCUGUCGAAUUGAUCGGUCAAGACAUAAUGGGCAUAGCUCUGAAUGCGCCGCUAGCUGCCCACGAGGUGAUCUACACUCUGCCAAUGCUGUCAAUCAAGGAGGACAAGGGAACAGGCGUGGUGACCAGUGUGCCCUCCGACUCACCCGAUGACUACGCCGCUCUGGUCGAUCUCAAGAAGAAGAAGCCGCUCAGAGACAAGUACAACAUCGCCGAUCACAUGAUUCUGCCGUUUCAGCCUAUUCCAAUAAUCGAUGUGCCAGAAUAUGGAAAUCUGAGCGCUGUUCAUCUUUAUGAGAAUUUGAAAUACAACAGGUCGGGUGAUGAAUGUGUGGUAGCCUUGUGCGAUCAGUGGUUCCUCGACUACGGCAAUGCAGCCUGGAAGGACAAAGCCCGCAAAUGCCUCGGAAACAUGAACUUGUAUCAUGACGAAGUUCGCAAGAACUUCUUGGCCACCCUGGAUUGGCUGCAUGAGUAUGCCUGCUCCCGAACUUAUGGAUUAGGUACUAGGCUGCCUUGGGAUAAGAAAUGGCUGAUAGAGUCUCUGUCUGAUUCCACUAUAUACAUGGCCUACUACACAAUUGCGCACCUGAUACAAGGAAACACAUUCAAGGGCGAAAAGCCAAAUGCCUUGAAUAUCAACCUUCAACGCAAAGCUCUGCUUGAUCCGUUGGACAUGAGAGCAUCGGGCAAAGAUCUGAUCCCGAAUCACUUGACCUUCUGUAUUUUCAGUCAUUGCGCCAUCUGGCCCGAACAGGAGGACAAGUGGCCUAGAAGUAUCAGGGCUAAUGGCCAUUUACUGCUCAACUCCGCUAAGAUGUCGAAAUCCGAUGGCAACUUUUUGACUCUGGACGAAGCUAUCAAGAAAUUCAGUGCAGAUGGAAUGAGGCUGUGCCUGGCUGACUCGGGAGACACUGUUGAGGAUGCUAACUUCCUUGAGAGUAUGGCUGAUGCUGGUGUUCUGCGUCUAUACACGUUCAUUGAAUGGGUGAAAGAGACAAUUGCCAAUAAAUCUUCCCUAAGAUCUGGGCCGAAGGAUUCAUUCAAUGACAAGGUCUUCCUCAACGAAAUGAACCUGAAAUCGCGCGAAGCGGACGACUUCUACAACAAGAUGCUGUUCCGAGAUGCGCUGAGAGUGGGCUUCUUUGAGAUGCAGGCUGCCAGGGAUAGGUACCGUGAGCUGACCCAGGCUGAGGGGGGAAUGCAUGGUGAAUUGGUGAUGCAGUUCAUCAACCUGCAGGCUAUCAUGUUGGCCCCCAUAUGUCCUCAUGUCGCCGAGCAUGUGUACUCGCUUCUGGGCAAGAGUGAAAGCGUAGUGGAUGCCCGCUGGCCGCAGGAGAGUCCGGUCGACGAGGUGCUGAUCAAGUCAUCGGCCUACCUGAUGGAGGCGGCUCACUCGUUCCGGCUGCAGCAGAAGAACCUGUUGGCGCCGAAGAACAAGAAAGGCCCAGCACAGCCGGCCACCGAGAAACCGUCCAUCGCCACCAUAUGGGUCUCAAAGACAUUCCCCCAAUGGCAGACCAUUGUGCUCACCACUAUGAAGGAGAUGUAUGAUAAAAACAACGGUCAGUUUCCGGAUAACAAAGUGAUAUCGUCCACAUUGAAUGUGAUCCCCGAAUUGAAGAAAUACAUGAAGAAGGUGAUGCCAUUCGUCCAGGAUGUCAAACUGAAAGUGGAUGCCAUCGGCCUGAAGGCCCUCAGUCUCACGCUCGAAUUCGACGAGAUGAACGUGCUCAACCUGAACAAAGCCUAUCUGGAGAAUACCCUUGAUUUGGAUGAAAUCAAACUAGAGUACGCGUCGAGCAAGGAUGCGCCAUCACACAUCAGCGAGAACUGCACCCCAGGCACUCCGUUCAUCACCUUCAGCAGUCCGCCACCAGGUGUCGCCCUCACAGUGCUCAAUGCGCAGGCGCACAGUGGUCUCUUCACGCAUCACGUUGCUGUACGGCCUGGAGACACGGUCGCCAGUCUUGUCAAACGCAUUGUCGCCAAUGAACGACUCAUCAAGGAUGCGAGCAAAGUGGAACUAUGGCGCUGGGAAGAUCCCAUUCUGGGCCCGAGAAAAUUCCCUGCCUUCAACGACCCCACUUCGGGGCGGGUGCGCCUGGAGUCCAACACUCAGCUCAUCGUUAAUGUUGACGCCAAAUCAAUCGCUAUCCAAAAUAACGGCAAGCAAAUUAGUCUCGGGGAAUCAAUCACUUACCUAGUUACUGGUCUAUAGUACAACUCAUACCAAUUAAUUGGUUGGUGUUUCGAUUGUUCCUGUUAAAUGAGAAAUAUUGUUCUAUGAAAAAGUGAAUUUUAGCAUAAAUGCAUCGGAUUUUUUUGCUAAUUAACUCUUGUUAUUUAUUAAAAAAUAUAAGAAUUUGUAAUAGGAUGCUGGAUUUGUUUGUAGGUCUCAAUUUCAUUAUUAUUCAAUACAAUAACUUAGGGGGUGGGUACAUAGAUAGCGUCAGACUUACCGAUUAUCAGCCUUCUUAAUGGGAUGUAAAUUAAGAGGAUAUUCAUUAAGGCGGCUUAUAUCUCUAUCUUUAUCCUCUUAAGACCACUGUAUUCUAUAUCCUGUGUCUACACACACCCUUUAAUUUCAAUAUAUUUUUAUGUAUACUCCAAUAUUAUAUUAUGCAUAACAUGUAUAAAGCACUACUGGCUAAAUUUAACCUGCACGCUGUUACCAGCGAAGUAAAAAAACAUUUUUGAAAAGUAAUGAAAAAUCUCGUUCAGAAAUUUAUUUAUUUAUUCAUUUAUUGGAUAGAGCAAACAAUACAAUAGACGGAAAAGGAGAAACAGGCUAUUGCCCAAAACAUCCUCUAUUUCCUAAUUUUAUCUCAAAUCGUCCAAAUACUAUGUAGGAUCUCGUUUUAAUAAUAAUAGCGGAUCUCUUUGAUGUCUUCCUUCUUUUUUAUUUAUGAACAUUACCACUUACUUACUUAAUCGAAGCCUCUUCUACCUUGCGGUGUAUAGUUUACAAGAGAUUUCCAUCUAUCACUAUCCUGCGCCAAACGGCCAAUCACUCUCCAAUCACCACCCCUAGCCUCCAAAUUUCUCCGGAGGUCAUCACCCAAUCUUUUCCUUGGUCUUCCUGCUCGCCUUCUUCCCUCUGAAAAAAAAAUUAACCUUACUAACGGUUCAUUAGUCUCCAGUAUUCCAUUAUAAACUCUUUGAUUUCAAUAUACAGAAAAUUGAGGUUUGGGUUUUACAGAAAAUUCAUACAAUGAAUUCUAAAUAUUUGAACAAGUUGUUCUAAUUCAAUUCUAUUGGCAAUCAAAUAAAAUGUGCUAGAUGCUAAAUCACUUAAAUUUUUCUAAAUCAAAAUUACUGAUGUGAUGUAAGCUUUAAUCACAAAGCGGUUCUAUCUUUCAACAAAGUUGAACAGUAUUUUAAUUAAAUUUUGAAGCUUUUUUAUUAUUAUUUAUUCAUAAGUUAUAACGGUUUUUUUGUUUCUAAUUUAAAUUAUUUUGCAGCGAUAUAUUGAGAAGGUUGCGUCGAAUAAAUUGAAUACAAAACUUGAA